AAGUCACAUCUUAUCAGACACCAGAGGAUUCACACUGGAGAGAAGCCAUAUCCAUGUUCUGAAUGUGGCAAAGCUUUUACAGAGAGGGAACACCUUAUCAGACACCAGAGCAUUCACACUGGAGAGAAGCCAUAUCCAUGUUCUGAAUGUGGCAAAGCUUUUAAAACUAAGAUAGAGCUUAUCAUGCACCAGAGGGUUCACACUGGAGAGAAGCCAUAUCAUUGUUCUGAAUGUGGCAAAGCUUUUAAAACUAAAAGAGACCUUAUCAUACACAAGAAGGUUCACACUGGAGAGAAUCCAUAUCCAUGUUCUGAAUGUGACAAAGCUUUUAAAACUAAAGGAGAGCUUGUCAUACACCAGAGAGUUCACACUGGAGAGAAGCCGUAUCAUUGUUCUGAAUGUGGCAAAUGUUUUAAAACAAUGCAUUAUCUUAUUGUACACACAAGGAUUCAUACGGGAGAGAAGCCAUAUCCAUGUUCUGAAUGUGGCAAAGCUUUUACAACUAAAACAUAUCUUACCAUACACCAGAGGGUUCACACUGGAGAGAAGCCAUAUCAUUGUUCUGAAUGUGGGAAACGUUUUAUAACAAUGCAUUAUCUUAUUGUACACACAAUGAUUCAUAUGGGAGAGAAGAAAUACCAGUGUUCUGAACGUGGCAAAGCUUUUACAGUGAAGUCAGUCCUUAUCAGACACCAGAAGAUUCACACUGGAGAGAAGCCAUUUUCGUGUUCUGAAUGUGACAAAGCUUUUGCAACCAAGUCAAAUCUUGUCAACCACCAGAGGGUUCACACUGGAGAGAAGCCAUAUGAGUGUCCCGAAUGUGACAGAGCUUUUUCACAGAAGAGUAGUCUUAACUUACACAUGAGCGUUCACACCGGAGCGAAGCUGCAUCAUUGUUCAGAUUGUGGCAAAGAUUUUAGAGUGAAGGCAAAUUUUAUCACACACCAGAGGAUUCACACUGGGGAGAAACCAUUUCAGUGUUCUGAAUGUGAUAAAGCUUUUAAAUCAAGGUCACAGCUGAGCAGUCACCAGGUGAUUCACACCGGAGAUAAGCCGUAUCCGUGUUCUCAAUGUGACAAAUCUUUUGUAUCCAAGAUGAGACUUAACACACACCAGUGGAUUCACACUGGAGAGAAGCCAUAUCCAUGUUCUGAAUGUGGUAAAGCUUUUACAACUGAGAGCAAGCUUACCACACACCAGAGGAUUCACACCGGAGAGAAGCUUUAUCAGUGUUCGCAAUGUGAAAAAGCUUUUACAAGGAAGGACCACUUUAUCCUACACGAGAGGGUCCACACUAAAGAGAAGCCGUUUCAGUGUUUUGUGUGUAAAAAAUAUUUUUCGGAUAAGUCACACCUUAUCACACACCAGAGGAUUCACACUGGAGAAAGGCCGUAUCCAUGUUCAGAAUGUGACAAAGCUUUUACAACGAAGCAAGACCUUAUUAGACACCAGAGGAUUCACACUGGAGAGAGACCAUAUCAGUGUUCAGAAUGUGACAAAGCUUUUACUGCAAGUGAACACCUUAUCAUACAUCAGAGGAUUCACACCGGAGAGAGGCCGUAUCAGUGUUCUGAAUGUGAUAAAGCUUUUAGACAGAAGUCCGAUCUUAGCUCACACCAGUGGAUUCACAUUAAAAAGAGACCCAAUCGGUGUUCAGAAUAUAUCAAAGAUCUUACAACCCAGAGAGAGCUACUCCUACACUCAAAUGUCCACACCGGAGACAAUUUGACAAUUGUUUUGGAGAAUCCUCAAUGACUGAACUAUGUUUGUUUCCUUAGGAUUUUCAUCAUUCUCCAUUUUUAUGGAGCUUUGACUGAACAUGUAAUGCAUGCUCGUCCUUCACUAACUGCGCUGCGUUCCCAAGUGUUUUCUUCAUUGCCCGUUUCCGAGCUGGUACCUUAAAGCCUCGUACACACGAUCAGUCCAUCCGA